AUGACAGAUGAUCACUUCCACAUAACUUACCAGAUCAACAGGAUCACGAGGAACAGCCAAGGGAAUAAGGCGUCGGUGCCGUAUUCGGAGGGCGCCGUGAAGUUACCGGGAACAGAACUGCAGACCGGCAAGUGGGUGAGGGCGAACGUGACGAACAUGGUGGCGGAAUUCUUCAGGCUGCCCCGUGAGACCCUAGCGAUAGUCGUGAGAGUACAAGACUCGAAGAAUAGGAUAAACUUGGUCGUGCCGCAUCCGAGUUCGGAAUCGAAUAUCGCAGUGAUGCCUUACAUAGAGCUAAGUUUAAGAGACAAUUCGCACAAGAGAACGAGACGGAUGAUCGGCAUGGACUGCACCGAGAACUCUAAGGAGGUCCGCUGCUGCAGGUACCCGCUGUCCGUGAACUUCGAAGAGUUCGGCUGGGAUUGGAUCAUCGCGCCCAAGCAGUACGACGCGAACUAUUGCAGCGGGGAAUGCCCUUACAGCUUUUUGCAGAAGUACCCUCACACGCACCUAGUGCACCUUGCUGCUCCUCAGGGCAGCGGCGGACCGUGCUGCGCGCCGAGGAAGAUGAGCAGCAUCUCCAUGCUGUACUUCGACCACGAUUUAAAUAUAAUAUACGGGACGCUCCCCGGAAUGGUGGUGGAGAGUUGCGGCUGUUCAUAG